CGCAAGAGAAGGACCUGCAGCGAGCCAAAUGCAGUUUUAAUGAAGCAGUCAUCAUUAGAAGAUAGUCGCCAAAGCGACCCUGUGCAACAUUAUGAUAAUGCAGGUGUAAUGAAGAAGUCCUUAGUAGAAGAUAGAGCGCAAAAAAGGUUCCGGGGUGAGCCUAUGCAACGAUAUAAUAAUGCAGUUGUGAUGAAGCAAUCUUCAUCAGAAGAGAGGCCCACAAAAAGUUCUGAUCUUUCUUCUGAUGCAUCCUCUCAUAGCCGUCAACCUAGACCAUUCCUUUCAUCAAACAGUAAAAAUCUCAAGACUAUAUUGGUUCCAUUCAUUGACAUGCCGACGGACGGUGAACUGAAACUGUUCAAUUGA